AGAGAGGGAUCGGACGAUAGAGAAAGGAGAGGAGAGAGAAGAAGAGUGUGGGUUCCUUUCGGGAGAGAGAGAAACAGGCGGAGGAGGAGGAGCGAUAGAAGCAGAUGGCGGCUCACGUUAGCGUGUGCCGCGGCCUGGUGGUGGUGCUGGCGCUUGUUGCCUGGUUAUCGUGCGCCGCCGCGGAGGGAGGGGGCGGCGACAGGGCGGUGAGGCAGCGCCUGGAGGUGCGACGGCACCUGAAGCGGCUCAACAAGAAGCCGGUCAAGAGUAUCAGGAGUCCAGAUGGAGAUAUCAUCGAUUGUGUGCAUGUCUCUCACCAGCCUGCCUUUGAUCACCCUUUCCUCAAAAACCACUCAAUCCAGAUGCGGCCAACCUACCACCCGGAAGGCUUGUUUGAUGAGAACAAGCUUGCAUCACAGGAGAAGAAGACCCCCUCCACAGCUCAACUAUGGCAUCAGAACGGGAGGUGCCCUGAGGACACCAUCCCCAUCAGGAGGACAACCAGGGAUGAUGUGUUAAGGGCCAGCUCCGUCAAAAGAUAUGGGAGGAAGAAGCACAGGAGCAUCCCAUGCCCCUUGUCUGUUGACCCUGACCUUCUCAAUGAGAGUGGCCAUCAGCAUGCGAUUGCUUAUGUAGAGGGAGAUAGAUAUUAUGGAGCAAAGGCCACCAUAAAUGUGUGGCGGCCAAAGAUCCAACAACCCAAUGAGUUCAGUCUCUCUCAGCUCUGGAUAUUGGGGGGCUCCUUUGGUGAGGAUCUCAAUAGCAUCGAAGCAGGUUGGCAGGUCAGCCCGGAUCUCUAUGGUGACAACAACACCAGGCUGUUUACUUAUUGGACCAGUGAUGCAUACCAAGCAACUGGCUGCUACAACCUAUUGUGCUCGGGGUUCAUUCAAGUCAACAAUGAAGUUGCAAUGGGUGCCAGCAUCUCUCCGAUCUCCGACUACGAUGGUUCGCAGUAUGAUGUAUCCAUACUUGUUUGGAAGGAUCCGAAGGAGGGGAACUGGUGGAUGCAGUUCGGGAACGAUUACGUCUUGGGUUACUGGCCUUCUUUCCUCUUCUCUUAUUUGUCAGACAGUGCGAGCAUGAUAGAAUGGGGAGGGGAGGUGGUGAACUCGGACGCAGACGGCGAGCACACCUCGACCGAGAUGGGCAGUGGCCGUUUCCCGGAAGAAGGAUUCAGCAAGGCAAGCUACUUCAGGAACAUUCAGGUGGUGGACGGGUCCAACAAUCUAAGGGCACCCACAGGGGUUGGAGCCUUCACAGAGCAGUCAAACUGCUAUGAUGUGCAGAAUGGAAACAAUGGUGAAUGGGGGCAGUACUUCUACUAUGGAGGGCCUGGUAGAAACUCCAAUUGUCCAUAGAAACAAACCCUAAUCGAAUUCCCCCCCUUCCUUCCCCCUUGUACCAUUCUUCAGUCUGAUCCCAUCCUUAACUCAGAGGUUGUUUUGCCUGUUGUAACUCAUCCUCUCCCAUCCUUAACAAAGCUGGGGAGAGAGAGAGAGGCUGUGUCUGUGUUUCUCUGUCAUUUGCUCCAUCUUGGAGUCGUUUGUUCGGCUUAAGGCUAAAUGAUUAUAACCAGUGGAUCUCGACAUGGCUGAUGGCACUGCAA